AACUGUCAGUAAUGGACAAUAACCUAAAAAAAAAUGAAAACAAACCAGCAAGAAUUUGAAAUCAAAUAAGAAUCUUAAGAGUAUAUAUUCAAUUUUUUGAAAUCAUAAUCGUAUAACACGCACACUACUUCAAAUAGGAUAUCAUUUUAAUAUUAAUCAUGAAUUUCUUACGUAACAUCAGGGGUUCCCACAAAAUAGUGAGCAACAUAAGGUCUUUUUCUUCCGAGAUGAACAAUGAACUAGUCAAUUCACCCAAGUUUCCUGGAUUAGUUAUUGCCAAACCGAAGAGAAGGCCAGAUGAAACUAUUGAAGAGAAGAAAGCACGGCUUUUAUAUCAAUCUAGAAAGAGGGGUAUGUUAGAGAACGAUCUGCUCUUGAGUACCUUCGCAUCUAAGUAUCUAAAAGAAUUCAACUCUGAACAAAUCAUUGAAUAUGACAGAAUGAUAAAUGAACCUUCCAAUGAUUGGGAUCUGUAUAAUUGGGCUCUUGGUGUGAAGCCAACCCCGAAAGAUUAUGACACUGAUGUUUUUCAACUAUUCAAGGAACAUGUUAAAAAUACAAAAAGGGAAACAAGAUUCAGGCAACCUGAUCUUUAUUAAAUCAAUGAAACCAUAGUGAUAUUUCCAUAGAAUUAUAUGAAUAGAUCUUGUUGGAGAGUUUA